GAAGCGGCCGGCUGGGCAGAGUGGGGCAGAGUGGGGCAGCGGGCUGUGCGGCGCUUUCCUAGGCUGGUACCUCCGGAGCCUCAUGCCCGCCCUGGGCAUUCCGUGCCAGGCAGGGGGAGGAGCGGGCCGCAGGGCCGGCGGGAUGGAGCCGCGGGUGUUUGAGCUGUUCGGGCCGGCAGGAGGCAGCGGUGGGACCGGAGCCCGGGGGAAAACGAAAGGGAAGAAAGCGGGGAAGGGCCGAGGGCGGAGUAGCAAAAGCAACAACCCUCCCUACCUACCCCCGGAGGCAGAAGAAGGGAAUAUUGAGUAUAAGCUGAAGCUGGUGAACCCGUCUCAGUACCGCUUUGAGCAUUUGGUGACGCAGAUGAAAUGGCGCCUGCAGGAGGGCCGGGGCGAGGCGGUGUACCAAAUAGGGGUGGAGGAUAACGGCCUGUUGGUGGGGCUGUCGGAGGAGGAGAUGAAAGCCUCACUGCACACCCUGCACCGUAUGGCAGAGAAGGUGGGCGCUGACAUCACGGUUCUGCGCGAGCGAGAGGUGGAUUAUGACAGCGACUCCCCGAGGAAGAUAACGGAGGUUCUGAUCCGCAAGGUCCCUGACAACCAGCAGUUCCUGGACUUGCGGGUCGCGGUACUGGGGAACGUGGACUCGGGGAAGUCUACGCUGCUGGGGGUCCUGACGCAGGGAGAGUUGGACAACGGGCGGGGCCGGGCCCGGCUCAACCUCUUCCGCCACCUCCAUGAGAUCCAAUCGGGUCGGACUUCCAGCAUCAGCUUUGAGAUCCUGGGCUUCAAUAGCAAAGGGGAGGUGAUAAAUUACAGCGAGUCGCGCACGGCGGAGCAGAUCUGUGAGAGCGCCUCCAAAAUGAUCACGUUCAUCGACCUCGCCGGGCACCACAAGUACCUGAAAACCACGAUCUUUGGCCUGACUAGCUACUGCCCCGACUUCGCCAUGCUGGUUGUGAGCGCCAACACGGGCAUUGCGGGCACAACGCGGGAGCACCUGGGCCUGGCCAUGGCACUCAAGGUUCCCUUCUUUCUGGUGGUCAGUAAGGUGGAUCUGUGUGCCGCGGCCACGGUGGAGCGCACCCUCCGGCAGCUGGAGCGCACCCUGAAACAGCCCGGGUGCAACAAGGUGCCCUUUAUGGUGCGCUCGGAGGAUGAUGCAGUAACGGCAGCGCAGCAGUUUGCCCAGUCGCCCAACAUCACCCCCAUCUUUGCCAUCUCCAGUGUCACUGGGGAGUCCCUGGAUCUACUCAAAGUCUUCCUGAAUAUUCUGCCCCCCCUCACCAACAGCCACGAGCAGGAAGAGCUGAUGCAGCAGCUGCCUGAGUUCCAGGUGGAUGAAAUCUACACCGUGCCGGAGGUGGGGACUGUGGUGGGCGGGACCUUGUACAGUGGGGUGUGCAAGGAGGGGGAGCACCUGGUCGUCGGCCCCACAGAUGGGGGGGGUUUCUUGCCCCUGAAAGUCUGCAGCAUCCAGAGGAACCGAUCCACGUGCCGCGUCCUCCGCGCGGGUCAGGCGGCCACAUUGGCGCUGGGGGAGUUUGAGCGCUCGCUGCUCCGCAAGGGGAUGGUGCUGGUGAGCCCGGAGGCGCUGCCCACGGUAUGUUGGGUGUUUGAGGCGGAGAUUGUGCUGCUGUUCCACGCCACGUCCUGCCGGCAAGGGGUGCAGGUCACGGUGCACGUGGGGAACGUCCGACAGACGGCCGUGUUGGAGCACAUUCAUGGCAAGGAUGAGCUGCGGACGGGGGAGAAGGCAGUCGUUCGCUUCCGCUUCAUUAAACACCCUGAGUACCUGAAGCCGGGCACCAAGCUCCUGUUCCGCGAGGGCAUGACCAAGGGCAUCGGGCACGUGUGCAGCCUGCAGGUGAUUGCGACGGCCAUUGGCGACCCUUGAUCUCCUGCGGUUGGACCCAUGGGGCGCUGGGCUCCACAGGCACCCAAUCAGAAGCCAGGGAAGGCGGGGCCGGCCCGAGGAGCCAUAUAGACUGGCAUUGGUCAGAUCCUGCCCCAAGCUCACCCAUUGGACGAAGCAGCUGAUUUAUAAUUCCCUUCGCCCGCGUCGCUUUUAUGCCGAAAAAUGACUUUUAUACGAGAAAAAGAAACCGUUUUACAUGUAUUUUUAUGAUUCCCGAUAAAAACCUUUUAUUAGUGGAAUUUGCGGAGUCACCGGAUCCCAAUGGGAAGUUUUAGUGCAAUUUUACUGGGGAAUUUCCAGUGUAUCAUUGGGGCAAUAACCCAACUGCCCCUCAUUGUGCCCCUUGGCACCCACUGUCUGGGCUUCUACAUAAGCACCCACAUUGGGGUGAAACUGGGACCCCCAGCUGCUCCCCUGUACCCCCUGCACUUGGGAGGGUGGGUAGAGUUUUGGGGCAAAACAGGUGAGUACUGGGGGCAAACUGGGUUCACUUACCCAGGGGCAAGAAUUAGGGCCCCCAGGGGCAGUCUCUCUCUGUCUAUAUUUGCUCAUUUACAAAUUCCCAGAAAUCCCUUUGAUUUACUGAACCACUUUGUAAUUUACCCCGGUCAGUUACCCCUUGGCGGGUAUCUUGGCCCCGGGCCUUCUGCUUUUACCUAAGAGUGUAGAGAAAGCAGCCAAUGAGAGAAACCCAUAACGCACAACUGAUUGGAGGAAACCCUAAUGCCCAGCCAAUCAGCCUGAAGGAAAAAAUCUUUCCCCCAAACCAACUUUUUCAUUUUAUUUUUGUCGGGCACAAGAGGUAAAUAAAACGAGGUAACUGCUGCCCCCCAACCCCCCCCCCCCCCCCCGGUGCUGAGAAGGGGCAGGAAUGGGAAAACUAAUGGGGGUUCAGCAGCCAGAGAAGUGCAGAGAUUUGAUUGGUAGAGAGACCCUGCGCUCCCUAUUGGCUCAUUGCUUGAUCCAAAGCAACUGUCCCACAGCCAAUGGGGUAACUGUGUGACACCUGUUCAAUGUAAGGGGCGUGGCCAAUUCAGGAUCAGGGCGGGUGCUAACCCUGCACCCAAUCAGCCUGUGGCCCACCUAGUGCCUUUCCUCCAGCAGGGGGCGCCAGGGGUGCCGCUGAUACAGACCUUGCACAAUGGUGUCGAUUCUCCCCUGUAUAUCAGCUCUUGGGCCGAGCUCUCGCCAUUCUCUCUGCCCCCCCCCAAACUCUGCUGCUUCUCUUCUUCUUCUUGUGCAGCUUUAUAUUGGGGGGCCCUGUGUGUCCCCAAAAUUUCUCUCUCUGCAUGUCACCUACACAAUAAAAUGUUUUAUGGAAA